AUGUCUGGAGUGGAUUGCAUCAUGCAGUGUGUGGUUCAAGGUAAAUCAUGCAGAUCUGCUAACUUCAGAAAAACGUCAACAGGUGGAGGGAAAGAAAAUUGUGAGCUACUCGAAACUAUUGAUUCAGAAGAGCCGACGGGGAGUUUAAAAAGAAAUGAAAAUUUUGAAUAUUACAUAUUACUUCAACCGGAUAGAGUAAGUAUUGUCUGGCUAAUAUUUCACUUCCAAGCUAAAAUACAUGGGCUGAAAGAUCUUCUUAUCCACUUAUUCAGUCAAUGCUAAAGUGUUUACUCUUUGGUAAAUUCUACUGAACACAACUCACAUACAGAGAAUAUUUAGUCAACUAGUACAGUAAUUUAUGGGCUUUACGCUCAGCAAAUGUGUUUGCGGAAGAGAAUCGAAAAACAAAUUUCAGCAAUGUGAUUGGUCGGAACAUUGCUGGGCGAAAACUGAAUAGUAUCGACGUUAUAAAUUUCUGAAUGUCGUAAUUUGUUCUGACUCUAACGAUCCACUCUAAAAGCUUAAAAUUUGAGGUGGGUACCCUUUUCUCGCAGAUGGAGAUUCGUUUGUCUCCUGAAACAAUAUCUUAACUACAACUCAUUCUCUCUAUUACAUUAUUUCAUGGAUUCUUUAUUCCUCUCUUUUACAGCUCUACCCAAGCCAGUGUCAGCUCCAGAUCUCGUAGUGUAUUUCUUCAUCAUCUCUACAUAUUUAUUUUAAUGAUAUUCCAACUGUUUCUGUUAGCAUUACUAAUUGUGAUAAAGCUACUGUAUAUUACAUAUUUACAAUUAUGUAACACCUUUAUUAAAUUCUGGUUAUUUUAUUGUCUGAUUAGGAUCACGUGAUAUGGAAUUAAAAUUCUCAUUCUGUUAUCGUGCAAUAAUAGCUACAAAAUCUAUACAGCAUGCAAUAUGCUCAGCGGUGCAAUAUUUUUUGUGUUAUUCAAUGGUGGGGUUUAAUUAAAUUCAAUCAGUGAAAACCCUAUUUCAGACUGAGUCCAUAGAAUUAAAUUCAAAUACAUAACUCGACAAAAGCAAAAUGGCGGGAGUAAAAAUAAACUAUUUUAACGCUAACUUUUAUGAUAGUUUUUGCGGCUACAACAACUACAGCUAUUAUCAUAAUAUUCUUCACUAAAACUUUCGUUGGCAAUUUUCGAUAAAAUAGUAAAUUUUUUUGAGCGAAGAAUGUAUUUGCUUUGUAUUUCAUUUACUUAAAAAUUUAGUAAAAUUGAUCCAUUUUCAGUAUUGUGGUGUCACAUAAAGAAAAUAACGAAUGUUCCUUUUCGUACAACAGUAUGAUUUUCAUUCAGUAAAAGAUGAAAUUUUUCUUUCCACGUGCUUAAAAGUGUGAACCAUUAAUUUGUUUUAACCGUUUUGCAUAAAAAAAUUAAAAAAAGCAAUGAUCGUUUUCCAUGGAUAAUGCGAGUAACCAGAGCCUGCUUCGAUGUUGGCGUAAUUGAGAAUAUUUCAUGCAUAUGUUGAAAGAAUGUUUGGAAAAUGCCGCCGAGAGAUUUGCAUGUAUUUCUAGUUAUUUGUAUACUAUUUCUCCAUUUGCAUCAAGGGGAGCAUGGACAUUGAUUAUAUCAUUCUUUAAAAUUAACUGUUUGUUUAUUUUCCUGCAGAAACCAAAAGAUCCUGUUUCAUCAAGCACUCCGGCAGCGAAAGCACAAACCUCAUCAACAGGUAAGCUUCAGUAAAAAUAUGCUUAUACUACAAAUACAACACAGUAUGUUAUAGGGGCAGAGAGUAUUCUUACAAUUCAGAUCACAAUGAUCGAACAUAAUUUGGAUUACAUGCUUCUUGGAAAUAAUGCUAGCGAUUCAAGUCAUUUUCUUCUGACAAAUGAACUGUGUUUUUCUUUCCAGCAAAACCUACUGAGAAAGUAACAACAGAAAAUGUUCCCACAACCCAGCCAACAAGUAAGGUCACAAUAAACCAAAGUAUUUGCUUUAUAAAUACAUACAUUUUUUAAUGAUUAGAUUCGGAAGUAUCAAAGAUUAAUUUCGAUGAAUGGUCAAUGAACUUUGUUCAUCCAAGAUGAUAACAGUUAUAGUUCCUCAUCACAUCUAGAGGUAAAACUACACGAGAAAAUAAUUUGCUCCUAGAUCCCAGCUCAUGCAAGGGAAUAAAAGAUAUUGGUUUGGAUUCGCAUGAUGGAGAAUAUAAUCUUUACCUGAUGUUGCCAGAAUGCAAUCAAUCUUCAAGGAUCUAUUGUGCAGAUAUGAAUACUACAAAUCCUAAAGAAUAUGUCACAUUGCCAGCCGGAGGGAGCAAUAAUUUUGCUCUUCAUUACAACCACAGGGAGGGAUACCGAAAUGAAGAACAGUGGACACGCUUCGAAAAGGUUCCUUUCAUCGUUUAA